AUGAGAAAUCGUAAGGAUCCUGCUUACUGGGAAGGUCUCCAAGUCUUUAUGGCACUCGCGUCUAAACACAAAGAUUGUGACGGAAGAAUUUUCUGUCCUUGUGUUAGAUGCAAGAAUACCAGACUGCAUCCUUUAGAUACUGUGGAGGCACAUAUUUUUACCAAGGGUUUUGAAAGCAGUUAUGAGAGGUGGACUUACCAUGGGGAGCCAGAUGAACCAAUCGAGGCUAACAAUGCCGAUGCCGAUGAGAUGGUUGAUGUCAUUGAAGAUUUCUUUCCUCCUAUAAAUGACGAUGGAAGAGCAACCGACGAUGGAAUUCAGAGGGGUCAAUAUUAUGAUGAGAUGUUUGAGGAGAUCGAGGCAGAGUUGUACCCCGGUUGCGAUUGGAUAUCCUCCCUCAACUUUGUAGCAAAGUUGUUGCACUUAAAAAAUUUGGGAAAAAUACCAAAUUAUAUCUUUGAUGAAUUGUUGAAAUUGUUGAAGUUUGCAUUUCCGAAGGAAAACAAAAUCCCUCCAACAUUCUAUGAGGCGAAGAAGAAACUAAGUAAAUUAGGCCUAGGGUAUGAAUCAAUUCAUGUGUGCAAGAACAAUUGUUGUUUAUUUUACAAUGACCAUGCAUCGAAAGAUUUUUGCCCGGUAUGUGGGACCAGUAGAUGGAUUAAUGAGAACACAAGUGGAAAAAAGAUAGCGCAUAAGGUGAUGCGUUACUUUCCAUUAACUCCAAGAUUGAAAAGAUUAUACAGUUCAAGAAUUACAGCCAAAGAGAUGGUAUGGCAUCGUACUGGGCGUGUGAAAGAAAAUGGUGUUAUGCGUCAUCCUGUUGAUUCCGCCGCGUGGAAAAACUUUGAUAGCAGACAUCCGGACUUUGCAAGAGAUCCACGGAAUGUGCGCUUAGGCUUGGCUGCCGAUGGAUUUAAUCCUUUUGGCAACAUGAGCUUAUCGUAUAGUAUGUGGCCUGUAGUUUUGGCGAAUUAUAAUUUGCCACCAUGGAUGUGUAUGAAGGAUAACAAUUUCUUGUUGACUCUCCUUAUUCCCGGACCUAAAUCACCUGGUAAAAACAUGGACGUAUUCUUGAGGCCUUUGGUGGACGAGCUGAAGGAAUUGUGGACUAACGGGAUUGAGACAAGAGAUGCGACAAGCAAUUCAAUGUUCAAGAUGCGUGCAGCUCUUCUUUGGACAAUUAAUGAUUUUCCCGCUCGCAGUAGCUUGUCUGGAUGGAGUGGCCAAGGAUAUAAAGCUUGUCCUACAUGCAAUGAGGAUACUAGUUCUAUUCGAGUGAUUGGUAAGACCUCUUACGUUGGCCAUAGACGUUUCUUGCCAUCCAAUCAUCGUAUGAGAAAGGACCGUGAAUUUGAUGGAAAAGUUGAAAAGAGGCUUCCUCCAAGAUGA